AAGACAACGUGUUUUCACCGGUGUUUGGAGACAUAGGAGACAGACAUACAUGUUUGGAUUAUCUGGACACUUACCAGUGAUACAUGAAAGCUGUGAAACAUGUCAGCGGGAGAUUUACAUUUGCUUGCAAUGAACAAAAACACAAGGGUGUGACAUAGAGAGACCAAAUUGUUGUGUGUUUGACUUUAAAAAUGCUAUUACAAAAUGUCGUUUUUUACUCUUAAUGCAUGAAAAAUCAAUUUUACCUUUGUGUAUGUCUUUUCUUAUGAAGAUGGAUUUUAACUUGAGUAGCAUAGUGCUCUACGCGGUCAACACCACUGUGACCCCUUUUCACAACAAUACAGGACCCUACCAUCCUGCAGCGGGACCCUGGAGUUUACUAUUGCUGGUGAUCAUCAUCAUGACCAUCGUGGUGGGCAACCUGCUGGUCAUCAUCGCUAUAGCACGCACAUCCCAGUUACAGACUAUGACUAACAUCUUCAUCAUGUCCCUGGCCUGUGCUGACCUCAUCAUGGGGGUCCUGGUGGUCCCUCUGGGGGCCACCAUAGUGGUGACGGGGAACUGGCAGCUGAGUGACAUCUCCUGCGAGCUCUGGACCUCCGUAGAUGUGCUCUGUGUCACGGCCAGCAUCGAGACUCUUUGCGUGAUUGCAGUGGACCGCUAUAUUGCCAUUACAAGGCCCCUCAGGCACAAGGUUCUGCUCAAUAAGUGGCGCGCCCGACUAAUAGUGUGUGUGGUGUGGAUUGUGUCUGCUCUGAUCUCUUUUGUGCCCAUCAUGAACCAGCUUUGGCGGGCAGAAGAUGACCCGGAGGCCUUGGUGUGCUAUCAGGACCCUGCCUGCUGUGACUUUAUGACCAACAGCACUUUUGCCAUUAUAUCCUCUGUAGUGUCAUUCUACAUCCCUUUGCUCAUAAUGAUAUUUGUCUAUGUCAAAGUCUUCCUCAUAGCCACACGACAGGUACAGCUCAUAGACAAGACCCGGCUGCGCUUCCAGAGUGAAUGGCCAGCGCCGACGACGACACAGCUGAGCAACCACAGUUGCAACAUUUUGCCCUUGGGCUAUGGUGGCAGCAGCAGCUGCGCCAGCUCAACUCGCAAGAGGAGCUCCAGGCGAAGACCCUCGCGGCUAACUGUUGUCAAGGAGCACAAGGCCCUCAAGACCUUGGGCAUUAUCAUGGGCACCUUCACCCUCUGCUGGCUGCCUUUCUUUGUGGCUAACAUCAUCAACGUGUUUGACAGGAACGUGCCACCGGGAGAGAUCUUCCGCCUGCUCAACUGGCUGGGCUAUAUCAACUCUGGCCUCAACCCCAUAAUCUACUGCAGGAGCCCUGAGUUCCGCACUGCUUUCAAGAACCUGCUGGGCUGCCCCUGGUUUUCCACCCCGCGAUUAAACACCUUAGGUGUCUACAAGGAGAAGCGGACACGCUGCCCCUGCUUCCUGGGUUCGCCUGAGGCAGGGGCAGCCAGCUCUUUCCAGAAGCCCCCUGCUGCUGCCAGGCCUGAGGGGGACGAGAGCCUGGCUAGCAGUCAGAGCAGCGACAAGAGUGAGGAGCCUUCCCCAGAACCCCCACACUCCAACGGCAACACACAGUUCAGUGAAUUCUCCAAACCAGAAAAUGAAUUGGCCCCUCUGCAGCCUGUUCAACACCCGCCCACAGCUGAUAACCCUUUAUCACUGAGCCACAAGCCUUCCGCUCACCGGGAGAGGCUGUUUACAAGACAAAUAGCCAUUGGGAGCACACAUCAAAGCAUGGUUUGUUUAUGGUUGGACUGCUAAACAUGUGUCUAACCAAACCAAUCCAAUUUGCAGAGAGUCACUUAUACUAUACAGAUGCUGGGAUCAGGUUACCUUUUUAAUGACUACCAAUUCAAUCCAUAACAAGUGCCUUCACUCACUUCUGACUUCUCACUGCAUCAGUUUACAGUUGAAGGAUAGUAGGCUGUGUUAUCUAUACUGAUCUUGUUUAGUGGGUUUCAGGGGCAGUUAGGAAUCGUUAUGAGUGCACAUUCUUCUCACACAUGCAAAUAUUGGAUCUCAAGAUUACUUUAAAAGCUCUAUAGCUGACAUCAGUCUAGUACUAUGAAUAGGCCAGUGACAUGCAAUAUGUAUAUAUUUUUAUCUAAACAGUUAAUUUGCAGUGUCACAAUUGUUUCCGAAAUGUUGCAAUCCCUGAGCUCUUUAACAGAUGCAAUCAUUUGGGCAGUAACGUAGGAACCAUUUAAGAGCAUAUAAAACUUUUCCUUAAAAGCAGCAUAGCCCAUCCAGUAAUUCAGCCUGAGUAAGAAGGCUAUAGCUCACUGUACUACAGUGAGAUCAUUAGGUGUAUCAGAAAAACUGGGCUGUGGCUUUGACAGUCUAUUGAAUGUGAAUGAUAACGUGUGAACUCCCUAUUAACCCCGGCAGGCAGGGGGGAUAGGCUAAUAAAUCAGGGACCUAUGUCUGCUGCAGGUGGUGAUCAGCCAGGGCUUAGAGCUUGGUGAUAGCAUUGUUGUCCUAUGGUAAUUUAGCAUAAAUCCUUCCCACAAUGUUCUGGGAAUUGUGAAGGAUACCCAGCUAGCACAUAACAUUCUGAGAACCAUAUGUGUCUUAGGCGGGAAUUUCAGUACUUCAGCAUAACAUUUUCUAUAGGUUUCCUCAUGGUUCUAUUUAAAGUCAUGUUCUCAGAACAUUAAGAAAAGUUUCCAUAAAAACCACUAGAAAACAUUAGUAACAUUCAAAGAACUUUCUAAGAAUGUUAUUUUAAAACAUAUACAUUCUGUUCUCACCAUCAACAAAACUCUCUGUCCUCUAUCUUGUUAAGUGUGUUCAGGUGUGUUGGCCGCACCCACUAAUUGGCCACACGUAAUCUUAAUGAGUGCUUGUUUCCUUUGAAAUGGGGUCUGCUUGAAUCAAAGUGAAAAAUAGAGGACUCAUCAUAGAUAUAACCUGUUUUAGCAUGGACAUUGCCAUUUCUAUUAGACAUUGCCAUCAUCCACCAUUUUAAAGCAGUUAAGUAGUCAACUGGUUGGGGAUUCCAAUGGGUUUUAGCCUCAAUGGCACUGCCCAUGCCAUCAAAGACGCUAUAAAGGCACAGAUAUAAAGAUGAGUCCUCUAUCUAUCUCUGUGGUUUGACUAGACUAAAAUAACAUGAUUUUUGAAUGACUACCUCAUCUCUGUACCCCACAUAUACAAUUAUCUCUAAGGUCCAUCAGUCGAGCAGUACAUUUCAAACACAGAUUCAGCCACAGAGACCAGGGAGGUUUCCAAUGCCUCACAAAGAAGGGCACCUAUUGGUAGAUAAAAAGCAGACAUGCUUUCCCUUUGAGCAUGGUGUAGUUAUUAAUUACACUUUGGAAGGUAUAUAAAUACACACAGUCACUACAAAGAUACAGGUAUCCUUCCGAACUCAGUUGCUGGAGAGGAAGGAAACCGCUCAGGGAUUUCAUCAUGAAGCCAAUGGUGAUUUAAAAUAGUUACAGACUUCAAUGGCUGUGAUUAGCUGUGAUAGGAGAAAACUGAGGAUGGAUUAACAACAUUGUAUUUACUCCACAAUACUAACCUAAAUGACAAAGUGAAAAGAAGGAAGCCUGUACAAAAGAAAUAUAUUCCAAAACAUGCAUCCUGUUUGCAAGUAGGCACUAAAGCAAUACUGCAAAGAUUUUGGCAAAGCAAUUAACUUUUUGUAAUGAAUACAAAGUGUUAUGUUAGGGGCAAAUCCAACACAACACAUUACUGAGUACCACUCUCCAUAUUUUCAAGCAUAGUGGUGGCUGCAUCAUGUUAUGGGUAGGCUUGUAAUCGUUAAGGCCUGUGGAUUUUUCAGGAUAAAACAUUUACGGAACGACGGAGCUAAGCACAGGCAACAUCUUAGAUGAAAACCCGGUUCAGUCUGCUUUCCACCAGACACUGGGUGAUGAAUUCACCUUUCAGCAGGACAAUAACCUAAAACACAAGGCCAAAUCUACACUGGAGUUGCUUACCAAGAAGACAGCGAAUGAGUGGCUGAGUUACAGUUUUAACUUAAUUCUACUUGAAAAUCUAUAGAAAGACCCCAAAAUGUUUGUCGAGCAAUGAUAAACAACUCAUUUGACAGAGCUUGAAGAAUUUAGAAAAUAAUAAAUAGGCACAAUUUGCACAGUAAAGGUGUGAAAAGCUUUUAGAGACUUAUCCAGAAAGACGUACAGCUGUAAUAGCUAACAAAAGUGUUUCUACAAAGUAUUGACUCAGGGGUGUGAAUACUUAUGUAAAUGAGAUAUUGUUGUAUUUCAUUUCCAAUACAUUUUCAAAAUGUUCUAAAAACAUGUUUUCACUAUUAUGGGGAAUUGAGUGUAGAGUGAGACAUUUUUUUUCUCCCAUUUUGAAUUCAGGUGGUAAAACAACAAAAUGUAGAAUAAGUCAAGUAUGAAUACUUUCUGAUGGCACUGUAUGUUGGAAUCUCACUGAUGCCACACCACAAUAAAAAAGGAUGAUUGCAUGAUUGCAUGUUUGCAUGAUUAAUGCCUAUGAAAAAGAAUUUCAAUGUGUCUUAUCUGUGCUUGGAGUUCAAAACAGUUAAUCCAAACUAAGCUAGCAGUGUUAUUAAAGGUAUUAUUCAAACAUGUUCUCAGAACGUUAUUUAAUUACCUUCAAAUAACCUAUAAUCUCUGUUCUCAGAACAUCAAUAAAGCUUCCCAGGAAAACUUUCAGGGAACCAUAGUAAAACAUUCUCAGAACCUCCCUGCAACCUAAAAAUGUAUGUUCCCAGAACAGUCGAAAUGUUCACUUCCGUUCUCAGAAGGUUCAAAAAACGUUCAAUUUUAACGGCCAGGAAAUAUAUGGCUUCAUUCCCAGAACCAAUGGGAAACUAAAAACUUAUGUUCCCACAACUUCCAAGGAACUAAAUGUGCUAGCAGGGUAAUGACUAUUGUCAUAUGUAGUCUUAUGACUAUUUGCUCAUGACAAAAUGCCCUAAAUAGGGAAUGGAGCUUUGUACAAAUUACUGCUAAUUCAUUGUUCCAAACAAAGUCAAUGCCACAUGGGAAAUUCAUGAUGGUAGUUAGAUGUCCACAUACUCUUGACCAGGCAGUGUAUUUUAUAAAUUAUACAUAUCACAUACAUAUCAUAAAUAUCAAAGCUACCCUUCAUUAAGAAAUACAUGGAAUGUGACAUCUUUAACUAAACCCUGUGUAAUUUGUUCAUUCUGUACAGUACAGUCUUUUUUACUAGCAUGCAUAGCAGCAAAAUAAUCAAAUUACUGUAGCGAAUGUCCUCAGAGUUUCUCAUAUCAAACUGUUUUUAGAUCUAAAGAGGAACAGCUGCUACUGUUUUAGUCCUCAUGAUGCGGCAGCACUACAGCAUCUUGUAAUAGUUAUCACAUACUCAUUCUCUUUCAUAAGCAGUGGUAUGCUCUGCAGUGGUCUGCUCGGUAUGGGUCAGGGGAAAUGUGAUAAGACUGUAAUGCAAGGGAAAACAGUAAAUGAUUGAAGAACACAACUUGUUCUAUGCCAAUAUUUAAGAAUGGCAGUGGGGUCUUUUUUUCAGAGAAAACUCAAGAUAGGUGAAGUGUUGACAAAAAAAUCUAACACAGAUUAUUAAAAAUGUUCCACUCUUCGAAGCAAAAUGCCAGGAUUUGCUUUGAAGUAGAUUUGGGAAAAGGCUUAGUCUUGAAAUUAAUAGUAUUCAAUUAAUUGAUCAUAUUCAAAUUUAAAAUGUGCCCUAAUACUGUUUGGUUACACAAGGCCAACACAAUCAAGAUUGUAGGUUCAACCUCUUGAGCACUAUUUCAUUAUCUUCAAUUGAGCCAUUCAGCAAAGAGUGAAUGCCUGUUUUGUUAACAAUUCAGCCAGACUGAGAUAGAACAGGACAAUUCCUCCAUGGGACAAAAUGAUUGUAUAAUAGAGGGAAGCCGUUAUCACAAAAAAUAACAUGUGAUCAUCAUAUUAAUUAAGCAUCAAUAGUGGAAGAGCCUCUAUAAAAGCAUGAUAGAAGAUAGGUUUGUUUUACAAUGGCUUUGUAAUCAUUAGCUCAGUGGUACUAACUUUUGUGUUUGCCCUGGCACUAAAAGGUUGUAUUCUAAAUUACCAACUGACAGAGACAUGCAGCUUUCAGUGGAAUAGCUUUGUGGGACAUGCCUGGAACAGUAAUGCCCAUCUGAUGGCUGAUGAACUAAAUUCUCUUUCUGUAUGCUACCAAGCAACUGAGACUGAGGCAUGACCUCACCCCUUGGGGUGAUCCAGGGCCAAAUGCCUCAAGAUAUAUUUAUCCAAACACCAUGUCCCUCAACAUAAACAUGUAGUGUGUCAGACAUUGUUAUCAAAUUCACCUCCCAAAAUACAGCAAAUUAAAGAUUUCUAUAAUUCUCAUCAUAUGGAUAUUACAUUAAAUCCACAGAAGUCCUGGGUUAAGAAGGUGCUGUGCGGCACCUAUAUUCAGUUCAGUAAUGGAUUAAGUGCAAUAACACUCACGAGGUGUCACAACAAGCAAUGAAGGCCAACAUGUUGUGGCAGUUUGAACUCAGACACAACUCUCUAAUGGAUAUGUUCAGAGCAAAUUGAAUUGCACAGAUUAGAGAGACAUAUUACACUGUAUUUUCACCCUCUGAACUUGUGUUGUUGUUUCAGCUUCCACUUGUUUGGCAUGGCAACUAUAUCAGGCAAGAAAUAGCUUUUGGAGAGAAUCCACCAAGAGGAGAGGCAGUGGAAAUAUGUCCAUCUGCAGCCCAGCCUAAUAUACUGAGUGACUCAGAGUGCAUGCCACAAUUGUCUUAUUACUCCAAAUGACUGAGUAAACAUUUAUACACACAUUAGGUGACACCAGCACUAUUUUCAACAGACAUUGGUGAUGUCCUGGCUUGAGUCCUAGAUAUAGAGCUACAUGCUGAGUUUGUAAUGCCACCCAGCAAUGUGUAAAAUCUAAAUCCUUUCUCCCAGAGAGUGGAAUGGAAGCUGUCUUAUUAUGAAUAAACAGAAACGUUGUACUCUGUUCUACAUCAUUUGUCAGUUAAACAGCAUUUGUCAUCAUCAUCGGUAUUAACGGUAAAAAGUCCAGUCAAUAUUCAGAAAGGCUAGUCAUUACAGUUCGUCUAUGCAUCUAUUUCUCAUAAUGGUAUCAAUGAAAUACACUGUACAUACUUUUCAGUUAUAGGCAUGCAGGAUGGCCACAGAAAA